AUGAGUUGCAACAUUAAGGAGACUAUUACUGUGUCUAGCAAAGGCAGGAGCAGUGGUGGCAGCUGUAUCAUUGGUGGUGGUGGUGGAGCACGGAUUUCUUCCUAUGGGAUAGGCAGUGCCAGAGGUUUCUCUGGAAGGAGCUACUGCGGUGGAGUGAAUUAUGGAGGGGGACUGAGCGUUGGUAGCUUGGCUGGUGGGAGCUAUGGAGGUGGCAACUGCUAUGGCAAUGGCCUGGGCUUUGGCCUCGGAGGAGGGGUGGUUGUUGGGGGUCUCGGUGGCGACUGUUUGCUGUCGUCCUGCGAUGAGAAGGUCACCAUGCAAAACCUCAAUGACCGCCUGGCCUCCUACCUGGACAAGGUGAAGUGCCUGGAGAAGGAGAAUGCCGAGCUGGAGUGCAGGAUCAGAGAGUGGUACGCGACACAGGGCCUGUCCUGCGAGCCCCGGGACUACAGCUGCUACUACAAAGAGAUCGAGGACCUUCAGAACCAGAUUGUCUGUGCAACCAUUGAUAACAACAAGAUCAUCCUGGACAUCGAUAACAGCAGGAUGGCUGCCGAUGACUUCCGUGUGAAGUACGAGACGGAGCUGGCCCUGCGCCAGAGCGUGGAGGCCGAUAUCAACGGGCUGCGCCAGGUCCUGGACCAGCUGACGCUCUGCAGGUCCGACCUGGAGGCGCAGCUGGAGUCGCUGCGGGAGGAGCUCUGCUGCCUGAAGAAGAACCACGAGGAG